ACCGUACCGGCCAAAAACAGAGCUUCGAAAGGCUUAAACAAACCCAGGGAUUCUUUACAACCCACGCGCCACCAGCGAGUCUUACCGGAGAUAAGAUGGAUUCCGUCAUGGUCUCCACCCUCAAGAGUGUCAUAGGUGGAAGCGCACCGCCGGCGCCGGCAAUGGUGUCCUGUCCUGUCGUUGUUCCGCCGGAGUUCCAUGUUCCAGAACGAGACACGUGUCAGUUCUGCGAGAAUAAGUGUUGUCUGGGGUGCAACUUCUCCGGGGCGUCUGAGAUCAGCGGAGGUGAAAAGAGGAAGAAAAAGGCGGGAACGAAAUCAACGAAUAAUAAUAAUAAUAAGAAGAAGAAGAAGAGUUACAGGGGAGUGAGGCAGAGGCAGUGGGGAAAGUGGGCGGCGGAGAUUCGGGAUCCUCGGAAGGCGGCGAGGGUUUGGCUCGGGACGUUCCGAACCGCGGAAGAGGCCGCCCGAGCCUACGACAGAGCCGCCAUUGAGUUCAGAGGCCCGAGAGCAAAGCUCAACUUCUCCUUCUCCGAUUACACCGCUCCAAGCACGCCGCCGGAGCAGAGCAGCUCAAGCGCUUCUUCAGUAUCAUCUCAUCCCCGGCAGCAAGGCGACGAGGAGUGGUCAGCGGCGAGUACGAGGAAUGAAACAAGAAUAUGCGAAUUUUUAGGAGACCAUGAUAUUGAAGAAUGGCUAAUGAUGAUGGAUUUUAAUGCAUCAGAGAUUGCAUCGUUUUCGAAAUUUGGGCAAUUUAUCUGAUAAAGAGACGAGUUUCAUACUCCAUACAAUGUCAUACUCUAAGCAAUUCUUAAUUAAAAGUUUUAAACAACAAUAAUACUACUUCCUCCGUUCAAAAGGUCGGUCGAAUUUAC